AUGUCGUACAACAGACCAUUGCCUAACACUACCAGUGUCGCCAAUCAGCAAUCCCGGCAGAGAUUGGAGGAUCUGCUUCAAGGCAUCAAGAAGGAGUUUGAAAACUUAUCCAGCGAAACCUCUUUUUACAAGUUGCACCAGGAUGAAGUGGAAAUGAAGUUUACACAGCAGAAUAGAGAACUUCAAAACAUUCGAAAUGCUGUUUACGAACUUGAUGUAGCUCACAGAAAGAUGAAAGACGCCUAUGAAAAGGAGAUACUUCGUUAUAAACAAGAAUUGGAGAAACGCGAUCGUCUUCUUCAGCAACAACAGCAACAACAACAUCAGCCACAACACCAACAACCGGGUCUGGAAAAUAGGGACUCCUCUGCUUAUAACCAGCAGUUGCCACCUCCCAAUUUGAACGCUCAUCAGUCUGGAAAACUGCUUCCGGCUCAAGGGGGUGAACAAAACUUUGCAAGCAGUGGCUCGCUUCCACCAUUAGUUGCAGGUUCAGGUACUAACGCCAAUGCUUCAAAACCGGAGACAUCACCCUCCCAGGCCCCGGCUCCAUCAUUCAGCGCUCCUCCCAGACAAGAGCCAACGGCCAUUGCUAAAACUUCGCCUACAGUUUCUAGCGUACCAGCUUCAGCACCUGAGGAACAAGAAUCCAAAUCCACUAAUAAUCAGGAGAUCAAGAACCUUAGAGCUCAGCACAAUAAGUUUUUGCCCAGCUUCUUAAAGGAUCUGGACACUUAUUCUGUCCUUCCAUACAAGAAACAACAUGCUGAGUAUUACGUGCUAUACAACCCUGACUUACCGAAGGAGAUAGAAGUCGAGAUGGUACAUUCUCUAGACCAUUCGUCGGUAGUUUGUUGUGUUCGUUUCAGUAACGAUGGAAAGUUUUUAGCCACUGGAUGCAAUAAACUGACCCAGGUGUUUGAUGUUCAGACUGGUGAACUGGUGGCUAGACUGUCAGACGAUUCCAGUGCCAACGCGAACGGUACUUAUGACACAGAUACUGGUGACUUGUAUAUUAGGUCUGUUUGUUUCUCACCUGAUGGAAAAUACCUUGCAACCGGUGCUGAAGACAAGUUAAUUCGUAUCUGGGAUCUUUCUACCCGAUCGAUUGUCAAGGUUCUUAGAGGACAUGAGCAAGAUAUCUACUCGCUUGACUUUUUCCCCGAUGGAACUCGUCUGGUCUCUGGUUCGGGAGACAGAUCUGUUAGAAUCUGGAACCUGGUAUCUUCGCAGUGUGCGUUGACUCUGUCGAUCGAAGAUGGAGUCACAACAGUUGCAGUAUCCCCUGAUGGAAAGUUAAUUGCGGCUGGCUCACUUGACAGAGCAGUUAGGGUGUGGGAUGCCGAGGGUGGAUUCUUGGUGGAGCGUCUAGAUUCCGAGAAUGUUGGAGGAAAUGGUCACAAGGACUCAGUCUACUCCGUAACCUUCACUCAUGAUGGUAAAGGUAUUGCGUCUGGAUCCUUGGAUAGUACCGUGAAAUUGUGGUCCCUAGAUGUCAACAAAACCUCCUCAAGCAAAACCAAGUCCAGCUGUGAAGUUACUUAUGUCGGACAUAGAGACUUUGUUUUGAGUGUAUGCGUCACCCCAGAUGACAAGUACAUUCUUUCUGGCUCAAAAGACAGAGGGGUUAUGAUCUGGCACAAGGAGACCGGUGAUCCACUGUUAAUGCUGCAGGGCCACCGUAACUCAGUAAUUUCUGUAAGUGUCAAUCAGGAACUGGAAGGCAAAGGAGGAUACUUUGCAACCGGUUCCGGUGAUUGCAAAGCCAGAAUCUGGAAGUGGACUUGA